AAACAUAACAGCCCUUCCCUUCGCCUGUCCCCUGAUGGUCCCUGAACCUGGAGAAUCAGGCCAAGAAACAAGAGCGCACGACCCAGGGCUGCAGACCUUCCCUGGGAGCCGGAGACCAGCGAAGGUUAGGCCGCGGGUGCAGGAAUUUGCCCUCGCUCCCUCACUGACCAAGCGGCCACUUUACCGCCGGUCCCUAGGCGAGGGCGGGUCUUCCCGGAACUUCUGGCUGAGGGUGUUUCCCCGCUCCGAGUGACGCAGGUUCCCGGCGCCCAGCAGGAGACACUCAGCCACUGCUCCCUCUGUCUCUUCACCAGAAAGCCUCCCUUGUAACCCUGUGUCACCAUGGUGUCCCCUCCCUGUGGCCUGCUAACCCACCAAAAGGAGCCAGUGCCACUGAAGAGCAUCUCGGUGACCUUGUCCAUUCGCGAGUUUGUGGCCGGUGUGUCUGCUACCUUGAACUAUGAGAAUGAGGGGAAAGACCCGUUGGAGGCCUUCUUUGUUUUCCCCAUGGACGAAGACUCAGCUGUCCACAGCUUCGAGGCCGUGGUGGAUGGGAAGAAAAUUGUGGCAGAAUUACAGGAGAAGUCUGAGGCCCGCACCAAUUACGAGAAUGCCAUCAGCCAGGGCCACCAAGCCUUCUUGUUGGAGGAGGACGAUCAGGCUGGCGACACCUUCUCUUGUAACGUGGGGAACCUGCCCCCCGGGUCGAAGGCGGCUCUCACCCUGAAGUACGUGCAGGAGCUGCCUCUGGAGGCCGACGGGGCCCUGCGCUAUGUGCUCCCCGCUAUCCUGAACCCUCGCUACCAACUCUCCAGAGGGUCUGAGGGCGGUAGCCUUCAAAUGAAGACUCCUGCAGUCCCUUCGCCGGACGUGCCCUACACACUCAGCCUGGCUGCCACCAUCAGCUCCCAGCAUGGCAUCAAGAGUGUCCAAUGCAGCUCCCCCGUGAAUCCUAUUGAGUACCUUGAAGAUAAGACUUCUGCUCAGAUCUCCUUGGCUGACGGACACAAAUUUGAUCGAGAUGUGGAGCUCCUAGUUUACUACAGUGAGGUGCAUACCCCCAGCGUGGCUGUGGAGAUGGGGGCGCCCGCAACAAAGCCCGAUUCUUUGAUGGGAGAUCCAUCUGCGAUGGUGAGUUUCUACCCAAAUAUCCCAGAGGCUCAGUCACCAAUGGCAUGUGGAGAAUUUGUCUUCCUCAUGGACCGCUCGGGAAGUAUGCAUUGUCCCAUGAAUAAUCAGAAUCCAUCUCAGCUGCGCAUAGAGGCGGCCAAGGAAACACUGAUUUGGCUGCUGAAGAGUUUGCCUAUAGGCUGUUAUUUCAACAUCUAUGGAUUUGGAUCAUUCUUUGAGUCCUUCUUUCCGGAGAGCGUGAAGUACACUCAGGAUACCAUGGAGCAGGCGCUGAAGAGAGUUAAGAGUAUGGACGCUGACCUCGGGGGCACAGAAAUCUUGGCACCACUCAAGGCCAUUUACAGUAGAACUUCCAUCCCAGGCCACCCUCUCCAGCUUUUUGUCUUCACAGAUGGAGAAGUGACCGACACAUUCAGUGUCAUUAGAGAAGUGAAAAUCAAUGGGCAGAGGCACAGGUGUUUCUCAUUUGGUAUUGGCGAAGGAGCCUCCACCAGCCUCAUAAAAGGCAUUGCCCGGGCAUCAGGGGGCGCGGCAGAAUUUAUCACAGGCAAUGAGAGGAUGCAGUCGAAGGCUCUCAGGGCCCUGAAGCACUCUCUGCAGCCUGUGGUAGAGGAUGUUUCUCUGAGCUGGGAUUUGCCUGCGGGUCUGUCUGCUAAAAUGCUUUCCACAGAACCAACUGUCAUCUUCCGGGGUCAGAGGUUGAUCGUCUAUGCCCAGUUGACUGGGACGAUGCCACCAGCAGAGGCAACAGGGAAAGUUUGCCUCAAGUACACCCUCCAGGGCACGCAGUUUGAGAAUCAAGUGGCAUUUUCUCUACAGCCUAAGUCGGAUGCCAACCUCACCAUUCAUCGCCUGGCUGCCAAGUCCUUCAUCCAGACCAAGGACAUGGGCUUUGAGGAGACUCCAGCCAAUGAUAAAAAAGAGGUGCUGAAAAUAAGCAUGGAGUGCGGCGUCAUAAGCACCCACACGGCUUUCAUUGCCAUCAACAAGGAUCUCAACAGGCCGCUUCAGGGACCCCUGACUCGCAGUGACGUUCCAAGUCCAAUGCUAUUUUCUGUGAGCGAUUAUGCUUUGUCUGCUAAAUCUGCAUUGAGGGCUGAGGCUUCUGUUUCGAAAUUAUGGAAAUGUGGAAGUGGACCAGGACUAUUCAGACGACUGGUUGGUAGUCGUAGAUCAAAGAAACGCCAGCCUCUCAAGGAACAGUAUGAUCCUUCUGAAGAAACGACAGUGGAAUGUUCUUCCAUCGACAUGACCGACUUGGAAACUAACCAUACAGAUGAUCCUCUUGUACAGCUGAUUUCCCUCCAAAAGGCAGAUGGUUCCUGGGAUCUGAAUGAAGGUCUGGCUGUGGUCCUGGGAUUGAGCUUGGGAGAUAUGCAGGCUGCACUCCCUGUCAAGAGUGUGGAUUCCUCAGGCUGGGCCACCGUCCUGGCGGUGAUCUGGCUGCAUGACAAGUAUAAGGACAUGAAGUGCGAGUGGGAGCUUCUGGAACGGAAAGCUGUGGCCUGGAUUCACAGCCAUGCAGGCUCCGCCACAGAUGGGCUGGUGAAAGCUGCUGUGGGCUUUCUGAAGUCAUCGGUGGAUCCUGCCGUCUUUGCCCCCUGAGGAUCCCGACCAGAAACACACAUGCUCCUUCAUGCUCCUGUCCCCGCCUGAACCCUCAGUCUUCCAGAACGCGAUCUUGUCUUGUAUGCCUCUCCUGCCGGCUUCCUGUAAUAAAAGUCAACGAUGCCCGCCCCACCUUUCCUCCAGGUUCCAGGUUCCCUCCGGAUAUGACAUCCUUUCCCCAGCAUGUGCCCUCAGCCAGGCAUCAGGGCCCCAGGCCUGUUCUCUUUCUGGAAGGAGUUCAGAGGCAGUGAGGUCCCUCCCGGGUUUUUCAGAGUGACGACAUGAGAAACAAGGGGCGUGGACUCUAGGCUACAGGUUGCUGGGUUGAUGUUAGGGAUUGCCUGGACUGGAAAGUUCUCUGCAUUAUUUUUUGCCUAAUCAGUAUUGCUUUUGGGGACUUAGGAGGACAAGACUGGUGAGCUAUCCAGUUUUCUAUUCUUAGGUAGAAUAGAGAUGGAGGGGCGGUUGACAGCCAACAUUGGGAUCCACAUAACCUCCACAUGAGGUUCAAGGGUCCACUGUGAGGGUUGGCACUGUUGGGGACCUUCUUGGUCGAUUCUGCCUGGGUCUUGUUAGCCUAUACUGCCCGCCUCCCCUCAUACUGCCCAAGGGUUGAGUGGUAGCUGUGGGAGACAGAUGUUUCUUCUUAAUCAGGAUGCAUCUUAGUAAGAGGGCCAUCAUGGGAUCCUUCGUCCUGGCCUGAACCCAUGCGGCCUCUGAAUUGGGCUCUGAUCUCGUGUACUUUUAUAAAAAUCAGGGCUAAAGGCAGCUUUGCCUGAGACCUGAAACCUGGGUCACUCACCCCAAGAGAAAGGAGCUCCCCGCGAUCAUGUCUGACCUUGCAGUCCCACACACUCUAUCCUAGUGGAAGGGGCCCUAUUGGAUGUGUUGCUCCCUAACAUACUGCUGUAUCGAUAUUAAAAUGACACUUGGUUGUAUCUGA